CUUGAUUAAUUUUUGACACUUUUGUCACCCUUCCAACUUUGACCCAUUGAUAUACAAUUUUAUCAGUUAUUAGUUUUAAAUUUUGGUUUCGCCCCAAAAGGGCUUUACAAUAAAUUAAUAUCGCCACCGUAAAUAUGGAGGAAAACAACAAUUGGAAUAAUAUGUCCAGAGUAGUAGCUAGCAGAGCUAAGAGAGGAGAUUCGUCUAGAACAGGAUCACACAGGAAUCGUCCUCCUAGGGUAAAUCCUGGAAACGUAACAAGAAAUCCAACAUACAUAGACGACGUUACCCUAAACGCUAUGAUCACCAGUGGAAUGAUGGAAGCUCUAGCACCAGUACAUUUUGCACAAUUUAGAGUUCCUAUACGACAACCGAUUGAGCCGAAUCAAAAUGAAGCCGCAGCUGCUCAAAUCGAUUAUAGAUUAGGCUGGAUACCCAAAAACUUGAAUUUAUCAAGCAUAGAAAAGGGAAAAGAGGGAUCGUCCAAAUUCAAAAGUCCCGAAAAAGAUCGACUAGCCGAGAUCUUAAAAGACGAAGAACCGCCAAAGAAGGAUCCGAGAUUUUUGUUGCCGAGAUUAAUCAUGGAAGAAAGUGAACAAAUUGAUGAGACUAUAAAGAAGAAAAGACAGGAAACCAUCAUGCAAUGGUUCGAUAGAGCUGUAGAAAAAGAACUUUCAAAAGUAAAAACUCCAAGUACAGCACAAACAGUUCCAGCUUUCCCAGAAUGCAUGAAAACAUUAUCAGGUCUAAAUCUGAAUUAUCCACAAUCCAUAAUAGACAAAAUGGCCGAAGCGUCAGCCAGUCAAAUAGAAAUAAUAGCAGACAUGGCCAUGGAACCAGACACUGAGUUGACGGACGCUGUGGAGAAAUUAGCCAAAGCUGAAGCGAUGUGCGCGUUUGCAGGUGCUGUAAAGGCCGCAGAAGAAGCUGCUGAAGCUGCGCCUCCUGGGUUUGCCGAAGAGGCCGCGCUGGCCAGUGCCAGAAUAUUUCAAAGCGAAAUCACUGCGACCGAAAUCAGGGAACACGUGCAAGGUAACACACCAAUGGAGGUUAUCGGCUACAUCGGUAUAACUAAACCUAAAAAUCCGGUUAAAUCGGGGUGAAACUAAAAAUUUGAAAAAACUGUUUACUUCGUUAUAUUAUUGUCUAAAUAAAAAUAUUUAGUUUUUAA